AGAGCGCGCUGCGCCGCCGCCGCCACCACCACCACCACCGCCACCACCGCCGCCACCGCCACUGCCUCCGCCACCGCCGCCGCCACCGCCGCGAGCACCUCGCGUCUCGGGCUCCACGCGCCGCCAGUGUCCGGCCCUCUGCGCCCGGCCACCAGCCCCGCCGCCUGCCCGCGGAGCCCCGGGCCGCCGCCACCACGCCGCGCGCCGUACUCCGCGUCAAGAAUGGGGCGGCCAAGCUGCCCAAGCCGCCCGCCGCCGCCGCGGCCGAGGCUCCUGGCGCGGGCGCGGGCAUGGAGCGCUCGCAGAGCCGCCUCAGCCUGUCCGCCUCCUUCGAGGCGCUCGCCAUCUACUUCCCGUGCAUGAACUCCUUCGAUGAUGAGGACGCAGCAGACAGCCGGAGGCUGAAGGGUGCCAUCCAGAGAAGCACAGAGACGGGACUGGCCGUGGAGAUGCCCAGCCGGACGCUCCGCCAAGCCAGCCAUGAGUCCAUCGAGGACAGCAUGAACAGCUAUGGCUCAGAGGGCAACCUUAACUAUGGAGGAGUUUGUCUAGCUUCAGAUGCCCAGUUCAGUGACUUCCUGGGGAGUAUGGGACCAGCACAGUUUGUGGGCCGCCAGACCCUGGCUACCACACCCAUGGGGGAUGUGGAGAUUGGCUUGCAGGAGCGGAAUGGUCAGCUGGAGGUGGACAUCAUCCAGGCCCGGGGACUGACUGCCAAGCCAGGCUCGAAGACACUGCCAGCUGCCUAUAUCAAGGCCUAUCUGCUGGAGAAUGGUGUCUGCAUUGCCAAGAAGAAAACCAAAGUGGCCCGCAAGUCACUGGACCCGUUGUACAACCAGGUGCUUCUGUUUCCUGAGAGUCCCCAGGGCAAAGUCCUGCAGGUAAUCGUGUGGGGAAACUACGGGCGGAUGGAGCGGAAGCAGUUCAUGGGCGUGGCUCGAGUCCUGCUGGAGGAACUGGACUUGACCACCCUGGCCGUGGGCUGGUACAAGCUCUUCCCCACCUCCUCCAUGGUGGACCCAGCCACAGGUCCGCUGCUUCGGCAGGCAUCCCAGCUGUCCCUCGAGAGCACCGUGGGGCCCUGUGGCGAGCGAUCUUAAUGCCGGGGAGGGGGAGGGGCUCCGCGAGAUGGCCUGGAGACCACCCAGCCCUGACCUGGGACCCCAGGCCCAGGGGCACAUUGGACAUUGGAGGAUGGGGUUCUUCCCCCACAGUGGGGAAGCAGAAUGGGGAGACCUGCCCCCCUUGGGCCCCUCCUCACUCCUUCACCUCCUACCCCUGAGACCUUCCCUUUCCCAGUGGGUUGGCUACACUUUUGACUUGGCCGGUUUUGACCUGGUGGAUGCGGCUACAAUCAGAGAAGGACUGAGGUGGCAGAGCAAACCACUCUUCUGCCCUACCCCACCCCACCCCACCUGUCCCUCUUUUGCCUCCUUGGAAGCUCGCUGCCCAGAGCCAAGUCCAGAACCAAGCCGGCCAUCUCCAUGGUGCCAAUUACCAGCAAGUGUCUUUCCUGCGGCACUGGGUUCCGGCAGCUACUCCAGCCCCAGAGCUGAUGGGGCAGUUUGCAAGGAUCCGGAGCCAGCUCCUGAGGGGGGCGCCCAGAGCUCCCCACUUGGAGGGGAGUAUGGGUCUCCUUCUGCCUGCCCGUGGAAGGAGCUUUGCCGCAGCCUGUCUGAGUCCAUCCAUCCAUCCCCUCCUACCUGUCCCUCUGCUGGAAGCUCUAGGAAUUGGGAGCCAGCAGAGACCAAAGGGAAGGAGGAGGUACCUGAGGCUUGGCAGGAUCCCCAGGGGUCCUUGCCCCAUGGGAUUGCAACAAGCUGGUCUGGAGCUCUUGGUGGACUGGAAAGGACAUUGUCAUCUGUGAUAUGGUGGAGGACUGUGGGGACCUGAGUUUCCAGAACCUUGCACAUAGGGAACGACUCUCCAGUGUCGGGGGUAGUAGGAGCGGAGCAUUGAAGAAAGCUGGAAUUAGGUCUAAGUGACACCAAGGUCAGGGGUUUCUAAACAGGAGACCCCUCCUUGUUGGAUGGGAUCAAAGGUAAUCUUGUUAUCCUCUGCCUCUGGGCCAGGGUCUUGGAGAGGCAUUAGAGCCGCACACAUUUUAGUCUUUAAAUAAACCAUCCUGUACCAAGGGCAGAAGCCACUGCCCAGCCUCAUCACCUUGGCUCAAGGAGAGAUGGCGUUCCAGGAGGAGGGAUGCAGAGCUGUAAGUGUAAGAAUUUAGAGGCUCCAAUGAGACCUGGGCAGCUGCCUUCCUGUGGCCCUCCCUGGGGCCUGCGGGAGCCCUUUUGCAUGCGAGGGAGGACACAGUCAGGCCCCUAUAGAAGCACAUUUCUAUCACCCCUCCUGGGAGGCGCCCAGCAGCCCGCCAGUCCUCCUCACUAGUCCCUGCUGUGUAGGGUGUAGUCCAGGUUAGCUGGGUAGUUAGUGUUCACGCCUGAGGCCUGUUAGCUCAGAUGUAGUCUUUUUUUUUUUUCUUCAAGCCCCGGGCUGUGAGGAGAGGGAGACCCCAGUACAUUCCAGAAGAUUACAGACUCUCUCUAGCCUGGGCUGGGCUGGGCUGGGCUGGGCUGCCUGGCUCCCUGGAGGCCAGCCCUUCCGCCUUCUCCCUGCCUUCCUCUCUCCUCCCUUCUAGGGUUGUAGCCCUAACUGUUCAUCACACUCAGCACGCUGGUGUCACACCUUCAGCAUUCCCGAGGGUUGUUGGGCCUUGCAGAGGGGCCUGGACUCCAUUAGAGGGUGUCAUUUUCCACCAAGGAUGCCAGGACUCUAUUGAGUCCCACCUGGUUCCUGGUUCAUCUACCAAGAAAUUCCUUCUACUUGGAAAUUCUCCCAUUCCCAGGCUGGCUAAGCCCGGAGUGCCCUUUAGGGUUCUGUCCAGUUCUGUCAUCUCCACAUGCAGCUGUUGACACUACACAGGGAAGGGGCUGUGGACAGGCCCCUCUUCUCCCAUUGGUCUUCAGAGUGUCAUUGGGACUGUGGAUGGGCAGGCCUCCUGAACAAGGGAGCAGGGCUCUCGAUGGGCUCCUUUUUGAGGCCCACAGUUAGCCAUCACCCCAUUUUUUCAACAGUGUGAUAUCCUCACUGUUAGGUUAUUACUCGCUGUUUGGAAUAUUUUGAGCCAGGAGGGCACCUUCCCUCUCCAGCUGUCACUGCUGUGGUUGUUCAGGGUGGGACAGAGCCUGGCUGUCACGACCAGGGGGGAGAGACUCAGCUCUAAUUUGAGAGAGAGAGAGAGAGAGAGAGAGAGAGAGAGAGAGAGAGAGAGAGAGAGCAUGAUAGCACCAAGGAGCACUGACUCCAAAGCAAUAACACCCUGAGGUGGUCAGUGAGACCCCUCAGUGACUUUCUUGUUUGUUCUGUGAAAUCUCGCUCACCUCCUGGAGGGGUAGAGUGAGGGGCUGGAGCCCCAUUUCUUGUACCAUUGUAAGCGUGUGCCCCACUUCCAAGGGGCUGUGACCACUGGGUGUGGGAGCCAUUUCUGUCCUCACCAAAGGACUCGGGGCAGAGUGAUUUUCAUCCAUAGCUUCGGGGACCAACAAGCCCAGCCUGUUCCCACUGCUGUCUGACCCUCUGUCAACUCAAACUCUGCCAUCAGGAAAGGAGCAGAGGGGGUGGAGUUGGGGGCCCUUUCUGGUGCUGUGUCUCUAAGGGUGUUUCUUUUUUUUUCCCCUCUGGACAAAAGUCAUGUAUAGGACUGCCAUGUAAAGGGGCCAUCUCCAUUUUCCUCACCCAGAAUGCCUCUGCGUUCUGAAGGGAAGGGCCUGUAGAUUUUUAGCCCAUUUGCAUUUUUAAAAAGAAUACUAAGGCCCUGCGUGAGGAGAGCCAACGUGGGGUCCUUGGUAUGUCCGGUGGCAUUUCCGCCUAGGGGUCCCCUUCAUGUCUCAUGCUGAGCCAGAGUCAGGGAAGGAUGAAGGGGACAGCCAUUUCUCAUCCUUUCUGCUGCUUUUCUUUGGAGCCUCCUGGUGGCUCCCAGUUAUGUCAGGACAAAGCUGUAGCUCAUCUGAGAGGUUAGGAAACUCGGGCCACAGCAGGCCUCUCAGCAACAUGCACUGGGGGACAAAGCUGGGAGACCACUGCUCAAGGGCAGGUUGGCCACCAUCAUUAUUUCCAGCCGUUAGGCACAGGUGGCCCUGCCCUGCUUGGCUCUCUUCUGGGAGAAGAGGGUGGUUACAGGGAGGGGUGCCAGGUUGUCUGGGGUCUCCUGGGCAAUUUCUCCAGGGAUCAUGAGCGGAAGGGUUUUAGGCUGGGUUGUUACCUCUCCAGGUCCAGCUGGGAGUGGGUUGCCAACAAACAAGCUACUUCCUGGGUUUGUAGAGUAGGGGGGGGGCUCAGGGGAGUCCUCUCUAACCUUCAGAGGCGAUAGCAACCCCUUCCCAUAGCACCUCCCACAGCGUGUCCCCCGUGAUUUUACUCUGACCCCCAUAAGAACCCCAAAUAGCAAGCAAAGGGAUGCCUGUAUUGACAGCCUUGUUUUCAGAAGGGAACGGAGGAGGUCCAAUGAGAGAGGGGGGGGGAGAGAGAGAGAGAGGGAGAGAAAGAAAGAGAGAGAGAGAGAGAGAGAGAGAGGUGCUUGCUCAAGUUGUGACUUUGAAAGUGCCAGCUCGUUCUCCGGUGGUUCACAGCACAGGUGUGCAAGCACGUUAGCAGAGGCGGUUAAGUGGUUCACAUGUGAUUCACCACCGGGUUCCUUCUUGAGCACUUUGGGGUUCAGAAACAGCACAGGGGCUCCCACACUCUCCCAAGGCAGAGCUGUUGCACCAGGCAAGGUCACCUGCAUUUAUUUAUUGAGCAACAGCGAGUGCUACACCAGGCCCAGAGCCUUAGACCCCUUUCCUGUCCCCUGCAAUGGCUCUCUUGGCCCUCCAAGAGGGCCUGUGUCUGCAAAACAGGACCUUAGUGGACAGAGAGUUUCUAUAGGCUUGCCUAGCAAGCCCAAGGGUUUUUUUCCUUUCAGCAAGAGAGCCUGUGUGGGCUGGGUGGGAGGCUAGAAGUAGACAUAGGUGUUACCUCUGAGUCCUUUGUGCCAUCCUGCAAGGUGACAGGAAGAUGGGACCCCAGAGUCCUUGGGCUGGGAGCCUCCCUUCAUCUACCCACCUUUCCCUGUGUCCUCUUGGGGAGCAGGAACGGCCUGGUCCUCCAGGGAGGGAGGGUUUGGGGUGCGUCUGAGUUGGAGUGGGUCACAUGGCAUUGUAUUCAUGACCACAUAGCUCAUGUUGGAAAUUAAAGUUUUUGGCUUUUCUA